UUCAGGGUUUUAAUUGACAUUGAUUAUUUAUCACAUAAUUGAUCAGCUGAGAGAUGACGGUGUUUCAGCGCUGUCAGUGGGAGGGACUGUGAAGUUGACUAACUUGAGCACAUACAGCAGAAAGAGGAAAUGACCAAACCCAAUAGAACUGGAGGCGGAGACAUCGAGAAAUUACACAGAUGUGCAUUUUUUCAUAUUUUCAUUUCUACAAAAGUCUCUUAGUAGUGGACUGGAGUUCGGAGUCCAGUUCAGAAUGAACAUCCUCCUCAUCAUCAUCAUCACCUUCUACAUGAUCUCAGGUCCAGUGCACUGCUCUGACGUGAUUGGUUAUGCUGGAGAUCACUUAUUAAUUGAUUUCAGACACCCAUCCGAUAUCACGUCUACUGUCUAUUUUUGCAAAUUAAAAUCACAAGAAGAGUGUGAAUAUUUGAUAUCAGUUCAGAGCAGAGGCUCAGCUCAUAAAGACAGAUUUAGUCUGUAUGACUCCGGUGAAUUUAUUACAGUGCUAUUCAGAAAUCUGAGUGUACAGGAUGCUGGAAUUUAUCUGGGUGAAGUGACGAAUGGGUGGAGUCACGACAUUAACCUGAAAGUGAACGCUGGUCCAUGCUGUAGCAGGACACAAUCAGUAACAGGUUAUCUGGGACAGACGGUGACGAUCAGCUGCUCCUAUCCAGUAGAGUUUGAAACAAACAUCAGGUCCUUCUACAAACUGGACGGUCGCUUCGAACAUGAAGUGAUCCGCACCACAGGAACAGAACAGCAUCAGGACGGCAGAUUCUCCAUUUCUAGUGACAGGAGGAAUAAAGUGUUCAGUGUGAACAUCAGUGAUGUGAGAGAAGAUGAUGCAGGACUUUAUUCCUGUGCAGUUGGUAAUGAGGAGACUAAAGUCACUUAUCAGUUGCUCUUCACAGCAAUUCAGCUCCAGGUCACUGAAGUAACAAAAGAGAUUCCAAGUGACACAGCAGACACACUUCAGAUUGGUUCCUCUGUCAUCAUCGUCCCUGUGCUUGUCUGUGUGAUCUUGCUGCUGGGUGUUGGAUUAGCACUGAUCUUUUACAGGCAGAGAAGGAACAAGUCACAAGGUUCCUUGCAGAGAAAUGAGACGGAGAGACAUUCAAUAUCCCACUACGAUGAGAUUAAAGACCACAGAGCCCAUUCAGAUCCUGAAGCAACUGCAUAUUACUCGACUAUUGCUCCAUCCACAAUCCCCUCUGAUCCCCCAAACUCUGUGUACGCCACUGCACAGUUACCCACAAUCCCCCCUGAUCCCCCAAACUGUGUGUACGCCACUGCACAGUUACCCACAAUCCCCUCUGAUCCCCCAAACUCUGUGUACGCCACUGCACAGUUACCCACAAUCCCCCCUGAUCCCCCAAACUCUGUGUACGCCACUGCACAGAUACCCACAAUCCCCUCUGGUCCCCCAAGCUCUGUGUACGCCACUGCACAGUUACCCACAAUCCCCUCUGAUCCCCCAAACUCUGUGUACGCCACUGCACAGAUACCCACAAUCCCCUCUGAUCCCCCAAGCUCUGUGUACGCAACUGCACAGUAACCCACAAUCCCCUCUGAUCCCCCAAACUGUGUGUACGCCACUGCACAGUUACCCACAAUCCUCUCUGAUCCCCCAAACUCUGUGUACGCCACUGCACAGUUACCCACAAUCCCCUCUGAUCCCCCAAACUCUGUGUACGCCACUGCACAGUUACGCACACACCCUAAGCUGUGUUUUUAAUUGUGUUUUAGUCACAUGACCAAAUAUGAACAGUUUGAGUACGGCUAAGUGCACGCAGGUACUGAGGCACUUUUCAGGGUUCGGAUGUUUACCUGAGAGCAUGGGAAGGCAAUUUAUUCAUUUGAUUGAAAUUUUUAUGAUUAGCUCCUUAAUAAACUCUUUCUAAAAACAUGGAUGAAAUUCCUUAAAUAGACAAAUACGUUUGUUUUCCGUUCAAUAAAUGCAUAUAAAAAAGUUUAAUAUAUAUAAUGACUCUUUAUAUGUGUAGUGACAUGUAAUGACGAUUGUAUUCAUUUCUUGAGUUAAUUCAUUUAUUAAUAGAACAAUCAUUCUUGGUCACCACUCUCUCUGCUGUUUUAAUGAAGGACAUUUUUACAGUUACCUGAAACACUGUACCUCAGUCACCUUUCUCACUGUACAGAAUGUGUAGCAAAUAUGCCAAAUGCAUAACCUUUCAAAAUACGCUAAGGCUAAAGCUUUCUCUUUUUUUGCAUGUGUAAUUCUCUACUUUGUAAAGCAAGCUUUCAUUUGAAAAGUCGUUGUGCAAAUUUAAACAAUAAUUGAAUGAUUUGUUUGUUUCUUUGUUUACCAACCAUUUGAUUUUGGCAAUUUAAUAAAACAGUUAUUUUAUUUUAUAAAAUUUUAGAGUCCACAAUCUGUCUGGCUGAAUCUCGGGUCUUUCUUUGG